ACUUCCUAGAUCUCUGCUGUUCCUUCGCGUACCCAUUGCUUGUAGCCAUCAUGCCUUUGCAGUUUGAGCUAUGUCCCGGCCGGCCGGUGGGCGGGGAUCACCCCUGCUUCAUCAUCGCCGAAAUCGGGCAGAACCACCAGGGAGACUUGGAGAUUGCUAAGAAAAUGAUCCGAAUGGUCAAGGACUGUGGUGCAGACUGUGCCAAAUUUCAAAAGAGUGAACUUUCGUACAAGUUUAACAAAAAAGCCCUGGAAAGAGCAUACAAUAGUCCUCACUCCUGGGGGAAAACCUAUGGAGAUCACAAGAUCCACCUAGAGUUCAGCCAUGAUCAGUACAGGGAGUUACAGAAAUAUGCACAAGAAGUGGGGAUCUUCUUUACAGCCUCUGGCAUGGAUGAGAUGGCCGUAGAAUUUCUGGAUGAACUCAAUGUACCAUUUUUCAAAGUUGCAUCUGGAGAUACAAAUAAUUUUCCUUAUAUAAAAAAGACUGCUGAAAAAGGUCGACCAAUGGUAAUAUCAAGUGGAAUGCAGACAUUGGACAACAUGCGUCGAGUUUAUGAGAUUGUCAAACCAAUCAAUCCAAAUUUCUGCUUUCUUCAGUGCACCAGUGCAUACCCACUGUUGCCAGAGGAUGUCAACCUCCGGGUCAUUCAGGAAUAUCAGUCUCAGUUUCCUGAUAUCCCAGUUGGCUAUUCUGGUCAUGAAUCUGGUAUUGCUAUCACUGUGGCGGCUGUAGCUUUGGGUGCUAAAGUAGUUGAACGUCAUGUAACUUUGGACAAAACCUGGAAGGGAAAUGAUCAUGAGGCAUCACUAGAGCCAGGCGAAUUAGCUGAAUUGGUCAAGUCUAUCCGGAUUGUGGAGAGAGCACUGGGUUCCCCCAUCAAACAUUUCCUGCCUUGUGAAGCUCCAUGUUACAACAAGCUUGGUAAAUCUGUUGUUGCAAAAGUGAAGAUUCCUGCUGGUACGGUUCUCAAUCUUAGUAUGUUGACCAUAAAAGUGGCAGAACCUCAUGGCUUUCCUCCUGAAGAAAUCUUUGACCUGGAGGGCAAAACUGUCAAACGUGACAUAGAAGAAGAUGAAAGUGUGACAGAAGAAGCAAUAGAAAACUACAACACUAGAACAAAAUGUUAAACAAACAUCCCACCAGUGAUCUCCUUCUAUUUUCCAAUAUGUUGUGUAUAAAAUGUACACAUACACAGGUUUUGGAAUCCUUUUGUAUCAAACUCUCAGUGGCAUGCCAGAUUGUGUGGCUGUGCAAAGAAUGCCGUUCAUUGUAAGGCUUUGAAUUAUUGCAUGGCAAUCAGUUUGUUUUCUUAACAGCUUAUCUAUUAAAACGAGGGGGGAGUAAAAAAAAAAAAGUUAAUGUUAGGAAAAUUCAUUGAAUUGUGUUUUUGUAUAGAAAUGUAAAAUUCUGGUAACUGCUUUAACUUUAUGUGCCUCCUAAAAGUACUGCCCCUUCUAAAACUCUUAUUUCUCACUUUUUGUUUUUGCAUAGGUUAAAUUAUUUAUGCAUUAAAUUACAUUAAUUCCUCAAGAUAUUUGCAUUGGCUAGUUAUUUUUAAGUCUAGUUAAAGUAGCUUAACUGAGUUUCAAGGAAAAAAAUAUUUAUAAGAUGCUUUAAAAGUACUCACAUGCAGGAGGUUUUCAAGAGAUAACUGUCUUAACCUAUGCCUGAUCCAGUAUAGUUUUUGUACAUGCCACUUGACUACGAAUGUCAUUUUAGGACACUGUAGUGGGGCAUUAUGGGUUUCAUACAUAUGUUUCUAGUAUUACCUUGCUGCUUUUAAAGACCUAAAAAUGGAUCUACAGCUGGAUCAGUAUAGGAUAAAUAUUGGUUUAAAACAUACUCUUUUAAAUACAUUUGUAAAUUGUUUUGGUCCUUUUUAUGUUUUUGCCUUUGCAUGUAUUUUCUGGGCUGGAUAAGAUAUUGAUCCUUAUUUAUUUUUUCUUUUGUUGAACUUAAUUACUGUGUUAAUGAAAUGUGGACUUCUAGCCAAGGAAAUUCACAGUAAAGUAGACUGCUUUAAAAGCUAUAAUUGAUAGGUGAUGUGCUGCAUUUAGUUCAAUUACAUUUUGACCUUUUCUAUGAUUGAAAUACUUUGACUUGACAAUGUUUUGUGAAAAGGAUUUUGACACUUUUGUGGUGGUUGCAUUUUUACACACAAUGUGUAUGAAUAAUGUUUUGUAAUACAUUAAAAAAAAAAAAAUAAAGAUUUUUUUUUUUUGUCUGUUUUAAA